AUGCAACAAGAUAAGAAGCUUAUGUUGACAUCGAAGUAUUAUGAUGGAGACGUUAUUACUGAAGUGGUGCUGGUCGUUUUACCCAGAACAUCACAAUUUUCAGAUAAUGCCCUGCCAGUCGUAGAUGAAAGUGGCUGCAGUGCAUUAGAGUCAGCUUCUGGCAAGACGUCCAGCUGGAAAUACGAAGAUCGAGCGAAUGUCCUACUUGUGGAUCUGGGCAUGAAGUACCCGAAAACCUGCACGUAUACAAUCAUCGCGAGAAAUGUUAAGAACUCCAAUGCUGCAGGGGUCAUCUACAUCUUACCAAGCGAGGGUUUCGUAUCUGACUUCUCUAAUAUCUUAACAAAUACACCCCAAAGCAUUCCUUAUGGAUUUAUCACAAAGGCUCAAGGUGUCUGGGUGAAGGAUAACAUGCUGAAGAUGAGAAACCAUGAAUCAUCCCGUCUCCAUUAUGUUACGGAGGACAUUCCGGUAGGAAAAAUCCUUGCUGCGUUCUCUAGCUACGGGCCGACCACCCGCUACAAGCCAGACAUUGUUGCCCCGGGAGAGCUUGUCCUUACAGCGAAAGGACCAGUCAAGGUCGAAUAUUCUUCCUAUGGUACCACCGCUGGAAGGUAA